GUUCUGCCCUGUCCAAUAUUUUUACAUAAUAAUUCGAUAAGACGCAUGGAAGUGAGUGUAUUCCAUCAACGCUAUUUAUUAGAUAAGAAAGAAUGAAUUUAGCUCAGUUGUCGCGAUGAGGCGAGUGCGAUUGUUGUUCAAAAGUUGAACUUUACUACUGGAACCAUGUUGAACCUUUUCGAGUCGAAAACACUAUCCAUAGUGAUUUUAGGGGUCGCGAGUGUUAUAGUGGGAGUUCUGCCGGCAUGUUUUGCACGACAGGGCAGGAGACAGUGGCCGUUGUUCCUUUCUAGUUUGUUAUGUUUUGGUGGAGGUGUUCUUCUCUCAACUUCACUAGUACACAUUCUACCGGAAAUGAAGGAAGCUAUGCCACAGGAGUACAGAGGUUACAGUGAGCUGCUAUUUUGCGCUGGAUUCUUUUUGUUGUACGUUAUAGACGAAAUCGUGCACUACUUCAAUGAAGAACCUCAUGACCAUGAUGUUUUAAGCAAUGAAACUUUUAGAAGUGGCCAUCGACACUCCACCAGUUGCAAAAAUACAUAUGGGACAUGCCAGACGACAGAAGACCAACCUCUCUUUCGUAAUCAGCAAACACAUAGUAGACUCGAUCAACCCCCUGCUUACAACCCUUCAUUCUACCGCGCUCGUAGUGACAGCGUCCUCUUCAACUGUUGCGACGACGACAAACCUCCAGCACAACUGGCCUGUCACGUGGGCCAUCAAGAGCCUUGUCAUGCGGCGCCUACGGCAGCUGUUGGGCUAUUGGCAGCCCUUUCUGCUCAUGCUCUGCUUGAAGGUCUCGCUGUGGGAUUGGAACCAUCCGCUUCAAAGGUUCUGUUACUACUUGGGGCAAUAUCAAGCCAUAAGUUGGUAGUAGGAUUUUGUCUCGGAGUAGAACUGGUGUCGAAUGCAGCUAUCUCUUUUUGCAAGCACUUCAUGUAUAUCCUCAUAUUUGCACUUGGCUCAGUGGUGGGAAUUAUUAUUGGAAUGCUCAUUUCGAACAUUCCCGAAGAAGUCAGCAAGUUCACCAUACCGAUCUGUCAGGGAUUGGCAGGAGGAACAUUGUUGUACGUGACGGUAUGCGAAAUCAUACCAAGAGAACGAGCCAGAUGGCAUAAACAGCAUGAGAAAAGGCAGGCUGGAAUUAUACAAUUUACGGCCGUUACUUUGGGAUUUUGCUUGAUGACGAUACUCAGUAAAUAUUUAGACCGAGAAGAAGACAGAUGAAGUAACCUCCUUAUCAGCGACGAAUUUCGUUAUCAGAAUGUGAUUUUUAAUAGGUACUUUUUUGCCAUUGUACGCAGAUAAACCUGUAAUACAUAUGAUACUUAUUUUGGGACGCUAUACGUGACAAUUUUCCAUUUUUGUAAAUAAAGGCUGUAUUUUUUAACACCACAUAA